AUGGAUUGGUCUCGAACAUCUGCUACAAAUGCAUAUCUUGAUGCCCUGAAACUGUGUAGCAAGCGCAAGAAAGAACGCAAUUCCUGCGAAGAAACACGGGAGCUCGAAAGUAAUGAAUUCAUAUCAGCCUUAGCAGCAGGCUUGAAUUCGAAACGAAUUGUAGAAGUCACUUCCGAGGCCUCUUCAUCGACAGUUGCCUUGGCAGCAGCUGCACGACAAACUGGAGGAAAGCUUAUAUGCAUCCUUCCCGAACCGAGAACUCUAGACAAAUCUCAAAAGGUGAUUCAAGACUUGGGCCUAAAUGAAAUGGUCGAAUUUAGAGCCGGAGAUCCUGUCGAGGUAUUACCAAAUUGUGAGAACAUUGAUUUCUCCCUAGUAGAUUGUAACACUGAUAACUACGGAAGAUUGUUUGAAAAGCUAGAUGUGAAUCGCAAAAGGUCAAUGGUGGUGGCGAAUAAUUUAGUAGAGGGGAGAAAAGGGGUGGAAGGUCUUUUGAAAGGAGUCGAAACUAUGGUUAAAGUACAGUCUAUGAAGCGUCCUAUAGGUAAAGGUAUGGAGAUUACGAUGAUCGGGAAGAGCAAUGAGCUCGGUAAAAGAGAACGAAGCAGAGGAAGCCAUAGUCGAGCACAGCGAAAGGGACAAUUAGUGAAGAAGACAGAUAAGAGCAAAUGGGUUUUUGCAGUUGAUGAGAGAAGUGGUGAGGAACAUAUUUAUAGGUUGCCUAAAUCUCUGUAA